AUUCAUAACAAAUCUUACGUGUUCCUCAACCUUCAUCUUCCCUCUUACAACAUCACAAAAACCCAAAAUCUUCUGAAAUCUUCAAAAUGUGGGAUACUUUCUUCUACCGCGGCUCCUUUGUCAUCUCCGCCAUACCAGGUCUCAUCGGCAUCAACUCCAUGCUCCGACCUGAAGCCACCCUCAAACUGGUCAAGUUUCCCAUCCCAGCAGAUCCUCAAAGCCGUAAGACCUGCUUAUCCCUCGCACGUUUGCAAGGUGCACGAAACAUUGUUAUUUCUUACCUCUUCAUCAACAACGCCUUGACCGGAGACAAGAAGCUCAUGGGGAUGGGAUUGAUUGGAGCACUUUUCAUGCUGUUGACUGAUGGGUUCGUGAGCAAAUCGCUUAUUGGGGGAAAUGAGUGGUUUCACUGGGGAUAUAUACCUGUUUUUGUUGCUUUCAUUGGUAGUUUGCUGUAUUCGGAGUGAGGGAUGCCAGUACAUGGUUAGCAAUGGGCGAUGGGGGACUUCUAGCCAUAGCUCUUGUAUGUCGUCAAUAUUCGAAGGAGUGUACCGCGUAUCUGUUGAAGAUGAUAUUACUCAUCUCGCCUUACCUUGUUAACACUGCUUCAACAGAGGGGAUGAGGUUUGAAACUCUAAAGAACGAUUUGGCUACAUAUCUCCCCCAAAAUGAAACUUUUGUUACCUUUUUGAUAUAGGGUUGUCUGAGUCGUUGUAUCUCUUAACGCUGUGAAGUUAUAAUCUAGUCAUUUUCCUUUCAGUCUCGCCAGUUGGCUGUCAACCUAUUCGCUCACGAUGCCCUCACUCCAUUAUGCAAAUUCCUCAACCUUCAAAUCUUGACCAAAUCAAAA